AAACAAGUUAACAGAAUUUAAAGUUUUUUUUUUUUUUUGUUAAAGUCUCCAGACUCAACUUGAAGAUAUCAAACUUAAGAUCAAUUCUUCAAUUUGUUCUCAUGUAUUUAUGAUUAUUUAUAUUGUUUAUGUUUUUCAUAUUUUUAGUCUUCUCCCAAAAAGGUAAAAUGUGUAUUUAGAUGUGCUUUUGUGUUUAAUAUAAUUCAAACUGAAAGGUGAAUUUUUUUACAAUAAAUUAAAUUUAAACAAUUAAGUUAAUUUUAUUAAUAAUUUAAUUUAAAAUUUUAUUAGUAUAAAUUUAAACUAAAUUAAUUUGAUUGGAAAGUAUAAUUAUAUGAAAAUUAAUCGUUGAUUUUGUUCUUUUUCACUGAACACAAAUAAUUGGUGAAUUAUAUGCAAAUUAAUUUCUAUUAUAUUUUGAAUAAAUAUAUAGAUAUUAAUACACAGGUUGGUGAAUGUAUACACAGUGAUACAAAAAAGGUUGUCUGUCAAAUAUUUCUUACGACUAUUAACUCACAUGUUUCUACUCUACUAAAUUUUACAAAAACCGUAAAAAUAAUUCUAAAAAAUUGAUUGAUGAUUUCCUUUUUACUAUCGCCACUACUAAUUAAUAAUUUCCUUUUUUUCCGUAAAAUCACAUUCUAUAAAUAUUAGACUCUUGCUUCUUCUAUUUAUAACUCGUAUUACAGUGUUCUCGAUCUUAUCUUCUUCUUCUUCAUCUCCCGUUUACUUAUUCUGAUUAGCAGAGAUUCUCUGCAAAGUUUAGACACAUAGUAACGCUUUGAUUCUGUAUACAAGAAACAGAACAUCGAGACCUGAUUAAAACCCUAUUAUCUCUCUCGACGAAGACGACAUGGAAUGUAAUAAGGAAGAAGCUACAAAAGCAAUUAAAAUUGCAGAGAAAAAACUCUCAGAGAACGACUACAACGGAGCGAAGAGAUUCGCUGAAAAAGCUAAGACUUUGUAUCCAACCCUCGAUGGUUUGGAACAGAUCUCAACGAUGGUCGAUGUUUACAUCUCUGCGUCGAACAAGACAAACGGAAGUGAAUCAGACUGGUAUGGGAUUCUCGGUGUUGAUCCUUUGGCCGAUGAAGAAGCCGUCAAAAAACAGUACAAGAAGCUAGCACUUUUGCUUCAUCCAGACAAGAACAGGUUUAAUGGAGCGGAAGGCGCGUUUAAGCUGGUUUUAGAUGCUUGGUCUCUUUUAUCUGACAAGGCUAAGAGAGUUGCCUAUGAUCAGAAGAGGAAAAGGAAAGAAGCUAAAGAGAAAAAGAGUGAACCAAAAAAAACGGAAAAGAGGGCACGGCAGGAGCCAGGUUCUUGUAACGUGGGUGGCAAGGCAAAAGAAGCUUCAUCGAAAAAGAAGAAAGUUAGCAGUACGUUUUGGACAAUGUGCACUCAUUGCUUGACGUACUCCGAACAUGUGAGGGCUCAUAGUCUAGACAAGACCUCGCAUUGUCCAUUCUGCCAUGGGAUUUUCGUGGCGACGGAGAAGUUUCCAGAGAUGGUCAAUGGGAAGCCAUUCAUCAGAUUCGCUCCUCCUCGCCAACAAGUUACCUUUUGGACAAUGUGCACUCAUUGCUCGACAUACUCUGAGCAUGUGAGAGCUGGUCAUCUUGACAAGACCUUGCCUUGUCCAUUCUGCCGUGGACUUUUCGUGGCUACAGAGAGCUUUCCUGAGAUGGUCAACGGGAAGCCAUUCAUAAGAUUUGCUCCUCCUCGCCCCAAGCCUCAAGCAACAAGCGGAAGCACAAGUGAUGCUCCAAACUCUACUCAUGAGGCAGACAUGCAUUUCAAGAAGCCGAUGGCAACAGGACAUCCACACUCUAGAUUUGAAGAUCUAAACUCUACUCAUGAAGCACAGAGGCUUUUUUCAAGAAGCGGACGGACUGGUGUGAGAUAAGAAGUAAGAGAUCAGAAGUUAAAGAAUCCUGAUUUUUUUAUGUUUUGGCUGAACUAAUUUUUGUAAUAUUUUUGUAUUAGAUGAAGUUGAUUAAUCAAAGUUGCUACAUUUAUCACUAGUUGUCUCACGUGUUCAAGUUGAAACAAGAAUGAAUAAUCUUACUAAUACAAACCAAUACAUCUCUUUCUCCAUUCUCUCAAUUCUUGAUAGCUUUUAUUUAAUCUUGAAAAGUUGUUUAGAAUCUGUAUAUAUGGUUCUGCUAAGAAAGUGGUAGAUUUUAGCUAGAGAUUAGCAGAGAUAAUCAAUCAUUAGUUGUAUGUAUCUGAUAAACCCAUAUCCUACAGGAAUGGAUUAAAGUACAUUAAAGGGAUGAUAUAUGAUGUCUCACAUGAAUUGCCGUUUGUGAUCACAGAAUGUACUUAUUAGAGAACAGCCAGUGGGUAAAGCUUCUCGUGUAAUCUCACAGAAGAGGUUACGAGAUGGAUCCAAUAAGAGUAAAGAAAAUCUCCAACUUGUAACGUGCAGAGCAGGGAUUACAUGAGGGGUUUAGGAUUAGUUACUACUUACUAUGGUGGUUGGUCCACAAUUUAAUCUGGUAUAAUAGUACUAUAGACAUAGCAAUACGACUUCUUUACUCUGUUUAACCAAAACAAAGGGUUUAUGAAACUGAACCUCCUUGGCUAAACAAAGGCAGGAGCAGCAUAUCUAUUUUCGUGACUGUUGAUGGUUGGCUCAUCACCUCCCAGUGUGUGUAGUAGUUGUUAACCACAUGAAAGGGCCUGCAAAAAUUCGUCAUUACACAACCAACUUUCCACAGUCUGAAACUCUGAACGAAUCACAGUUUAAACAACUCAAAGAAAAUGAAAAACAAAUAAUAACUAGAGCACUUAUACAUACUUACCUUGGCAUUCUCUGAACCAGUCCUUCUCGAAAGUAGUUGUAAACAAUGGCCACUUGAAUAAGCUUGUCUUUUGUGUACGAAUUACUGUGGCUUAGCAACAUUAACAUAAAUGGUAAUAGCAAUCCUGACAGCAUCAUCAACAAGGCCAACAACACAAUGAGAGAGGGGGAGCUAAUAAACACACACAAAAUACAGACUUAUGAUCAGUUUAUACCAUAACUAAAUUAUUCAUCUUCUAAUGUUAAUAAGUUUUUUUUUUAAAAGGUUAGAAAAAUAGAUUUCACUAAAUUAUAAUUAUCCUUUUUGUAGAAGGAAAACAAAAGGAAAAACAGAAAAUCAAUUAUAUAAAGAGAGAAAUAAUUCUCGUGUCCCUAUUACUCCCCCUCUCUUCUUCACCCUCUCGCAGCUCGUCUCUAGGGUUUUAAGGCUAGUUACUUGGGGAUCAACCAAAACGAGAUUUAGGGCUAACGAUUGCACAGUUCCGUGAUCUGUAAGAAACAUUGGUAGUAUUUGGGAUCAUCAAGUUACAUGGAAAGUAACAAGGACAAAGCUAUAAAAUCAAUAGGUAUUGCCGAGAAGAAAAUCUCAGAGAACGAUUACGUAGGCGCCAAGAAAUUCGUCAACAAGGCUGAGAAUUUGUAUCCAAAGCUCGAUGGAUUGAAACAAGUGUCGAUGAUGAUCGAUGUCUACAUCUCUGCAUCAGACAAGAUCAACAGAAAAGGAGAAGCUGAUUGGUAUGGAGUUCUUGGUGUUGAUCCUUCGGUUACUGAUGAAGAUUUGAAAAGACAGUACAAGAAGUUAGCUCUUUUGCUUCAUCCUGACAAGAACAAGUUUACUGGCGCAACCGAGGCGUUUAAGCUGAUCUCAGAAGGUUGGUGUCUGUUGUCUGAUAAGGCUCAGAGAUUUUCUUAUGAUCUGAAGAGGAAACCAACAGAUAUGGAGAGUGGAAUGUACCAGAAAGAACCAAAGCGACACAAGACAGACUUUUCAUGGAAUAAGCCGAAACAUGAGUAUGAUUAUGAGUCUGAGUCUGACCCUGAGACUGAGCCUGAGCCUGAGCCUGGUUUUACAUGGAAUAAGGCCCAAUAUAAGCGUGAGCCAGAUUUUUCAUGGAAUUAUGUGAAAGCCGGUACCUUUUGGACAAAGUGCGAUAGAUGCAACACAUAUUGUCAAUUUGAAAGUGACAGUGCUUAUCUUAAUGAGACGGUAUCUUGCCCAAAUUGCAGACAGGAUUUUGUUGUAACCGAGAUAGAACUAGAGGAGAUCGGAGGGAGGCGAGUCAUCAGGUUCAAUAAAAGCAGAACUGAUACUUCUUCUUCUUCUUCUUCUUCAAGUACUUCAGCAUUUGAUAGCACAACCCUGCAGAAGAAAGAAUGAAAAAAGAUGGUUUGAGCCUAUGCAUGAGCCUGAUUCUUCAUCUGGACAUGAUGAUUUACAAGUUAAUUAUCUAUCGUUCUUUUGGUUGUUUUCAUGCAUCUGGACACUUUCUUUAGAGGUAUGAUUAGCUAAUACUCUUUCUCUUUCCUUUAGUAUAAUAACAGAUUAGUCCAAUAAUAGCUUUUUAAUCUUCAAUAUGUUGUUGUCUUCUCUCUGAUCUGUCUUUUGGCAUGAUUCUUGGUGUUCCAAAGGUUGAUGAGAGAAUGUGGGAUCAAAACACAGAACAUUAAGUCGACAUAAGAUCUGAAAAUCUUCAAAAAGUCCAGCUUUCCUAUGUUGCAAACCACCAAUGAUAUACUGCAACUGGUAUCCAAUACCAACUUUAUUCUUUCUGCUUUUAGAUCUUUGACUAAACUUUAUUUUUUAUGUUUCUUGAAAUGCAGAAGAAAAUUGUGAUGGUGAAGCUUUCUGAUGAUAGGAAGUUACUUCCACUUACCAUGCGCAGUUGCUAAGGUUCGAUAAGAUCAUAUUUGUUUACGUCUUUUUUGUUAUGUUCACACAACAUUAGGUAUUGGCCAGACAAAGACCUAAUGAACUAGAC